AUGUCUCGUUUUCUCGCUGAACCCAUCACUACCAAGACAAUCAAGACCUUUUCAGCACCCGGUAUGUUCAUUGGAAAGGCAAGCAUGCAAGGUUGGCGUGAUACUAUGGAGGAUGUCGAUAUUGUAAACAUUCCAAUGCAUCCGGAUGUACCGGAUACUAUUUGUGUUGCUGUAUUUGACGGCCACGGUGGUUCUGCCGUCUCAACGUACAUAGCUGAGAAAAUUGUGGAAGCUAUUACAGCUACUGAAGCUUUCAAGAAGGACCACAAGUCUCCAGAGUCUCUAGCUAUGGCUCUGUGUGAGGGUUUCAUGACUGUUGACGAAAUGCUGAAGAACCAUCCCGAAUUUGGGACCUCUUCUGAUGAAAUGGGUUCAACGGGUCUGUUUGCUAUUGUAACACCCAAGGACGUGGUGUGUGCUAAUGUGGGCGACUCACGAUGCAUUUUGAGCAAUGCUAAGAUUCCCGAGGUAGUGCAGUUGUCGGUGGACCACAAGCCAGAUUUGGAAUUUGAAAAACAGCGCAUUGUAGCAGCUGGAGGAACAGUCUUUCGUGGUCGCGUGUGCGGUGGUGUAGCUGUCUCACGGAGCUUUGGCGACUUGUGGUUCAAGCGCAAUGUCGAUUUAAAGCCCCACCAGCAGCUGGUGACGUCAGAACCUUGUGUUCGUGUGCAGCGUCGCGAUCCGGCAGACGAGUUCUUGGUGCUGUGCUGCGACGGAAUCUUUGACGUCAUGAGCAACGAUCAGUUGCGCAAGUUUAUUCGCAACAAUCUCAAAAACAACAUAAAAGACCCCAAGGAUAUCGCAGAGAAGUUGCUGGACGAGUGUUUGGCCAAGGGCAGUCGCGACAACAUGAGCGCUGUCAUCGUGCUCUUCAACGCUGCCUUUAAUAAGUAG